GGGACCCCGAAGAUUUGUGCAUUGAUUGGGUACCUCGGCGGGGUUUGUGUGCGCGCGCGUGUGUGCGUGCCCCGUGCGAACCCAUUGAGAAGAAUAAUUAUUUUUCUCCACUGGAAGCUACAGCGGAGAAUCGGACAAGGAGGGAAGAGAGAGAUUGGUGAGGGGGAGAGAGAGAGAAAGAGAGAGAGAGAGAGACAAAGGAAGUGAGUGCAAGAGGAGCCGGCUUAGCAUCUAAACUAUCUGUGGUGAGUGUUCCCCCAGCCUGGCAUAGGGCAUGCCCCAGUUCACUUUCGCCUGCUUCUGUGGUCUCCACGGCUUCUGCAAAAUGAAGAGGAAGAAGGAGGAAGUUCACAGAGAGCGGGAGACGGCGGUGUGAUCAGAACCAGGGCCCCUCCAUCAAGCCCCCAGCAGGUCCCAGGCCUGAUGGUGCCCGCUUCUGGCUGGGCCUUGGAGCAGGAAGCCGUGUGUGUAUCUUAAGUCUUGAUUUAGCCAGUGCUCUUCUCAGCCUGACUCUCACCCGAGGGCAUCAGCCUCCUGUGUGCCUCUCAUCCUCAUGCCCACACCCAUUAGCUUCCAAUUCUCAGACCUCCUUGGAAAGAGGCCCCAGCCACACAAGGGGGAACCCCAGGACCUGCCGCAUGCCUUCCAGAGACUGAGAAGCCCCAGGGAGGCCAAGGAGCGAAACUUCUUUCCUGCCCUGAGAGCUUCGGGGGACUCUUUUCAGGGUAACCGCAUGAGGGAUGUGCCGCCUUGGGCUAGGAGAGCUGUUGCUAAAUGGGAAACUGGCUGCUCUAGCAGAGAACCUCCAACAGCCCUGACCCUGGAGAAGGCCUCCAGGGCGGAAGUGUGAGACUCUCCUGGGAUUCCAGGACCUGGGGCAAGAGUCCUUUUCCAGCCCCCUGCCAGCAUCCUCCUGGGUCAGGUGGGGCCAGGCCUGAGGUGGCCAGCCCAGUGAGGAGGAAGGCAGAGGUGGCCAGCGGCUCCGUGGCUCCCUCUGUUCUUGCUCUCCAGAAAGCAGUGUUUCCUCCAGCCCCGGCCCUGACCCACCCAUGUUCAUGAUGCCUGUGCUUCCUUGCCAGCAUCACAGAUGUGGGGAGGCCUGUUCCCCAGGCCCUGACGCCCCUCCUCAGGGACUGUCUUGCCGUGGCCAGACCGAGGGACCCCUUUCCUGGACUGAGCCAUGUCCUCCCUCAAUUCUCUCGUCUCCCCUGCCUUUUUCUUCUCUCCUCAGAAGCCACAGAGGGGACUGCGUUCGUAUGUGGUGCCUUCAGUGGAAACUCUUGGGGUAGGGAGACCUCUAGGACUUUCCUUGACGUUUUCCCUCAUGUCCCACCACCGCCAACCUUCCAGCUUCAGCCUCUGCCCUUACCCCUAGCCCAUUUCCAGGAGGUAGGAAGCAGAAGAAAAAAGCAUUUCCUUCCCUCUUUCCUUCUUCCCUCCUUCCUCUCUCCCCCCAUUUUGGUAUAACUUAGCCUUUUGUCUUUGAUCCUGGAGUUCUCCGGGGCUAGAAGACAUGAAGAGAGGAAUGCCAGCUGCAGAGAUGCUUCAGGCAGAUUCUAUAAGCCUGUUCUCCCUCAUCAGGGAACAGCUCAGCCAAGGAGCAAAGUCAGCCCCCUCUAGCUCCCCAGGGACAAAAUAGCCCUCUGACAGGCAAACAGGUGACUUGGGUAGAGAGGUCAAGGCCCCAAGAUAGGAGAGUCUGGGCUCCCCUUUCCUUGGAAUGCGGGCCUCUCUGGGCAACUAGGGAGGGCAAAAGGCUUCCUCGUCUGGUUCUCCCAGAACCUGGGAGAAGAAAGGGCACAUUCUAUGCUGGCAGCCUCUACCUGCCCAGCUCAUGCCCACACUCAGGGGCCUUUCCUGAGUUUUGGGCAGAUUUGGUGGGAUUCAGGUUGUGUUUAUGAGGCUUGAGCCCAGCUUGAGUUCCUCCUUCCAUACUCCAACCCCUUCCUUUGCCCCUACCUCCCAGCCCCCGCCUUCUACAAUCUGUUAUUUCCUUUUAUAUCCAAAUAAUUAUAAACAGAAGUCCUUCCCUCAAGGGAACAGCAAGAUUCAGCAAUAAAGGCCAGUGGGGUCACAAAGGACAGAAGAAAAA